AUGAUCGUUGGAAUGAGUCGUCUCGCCCCCCUCGCCAUCGUGCUCAUCUCCUUCGUGGCCCUUCACCACGCCGCCCCAUUCGACUCGACCGAGAUUCGCAUGUUGGAGGAUGAGACAGACUACAUGAAGCGAGCAGCGCCGUUGAUAAGGUUUGGAAAGCGGUCCCCCUCAACAGGCCCCCUGAUCCGAUUCGGCAAGCGCUCGUCGGCUCCGCUGAUCCGUUUCGGACGGUCCCCUGACACCUCACCCUUGAUCCGGUUUGGCCGCUCCGCCCCCGAAGGACCGCUGAUCCGUUUCGGCCGUGCCCCCAGCACUGGACCCCUGAUUCGAUUCGGCAAGCGAUCCCCCACCGGCCCCCUGAUCCGUUUCGGGCGAGCACCCGAGAUGGGCCCCCUAAUCCGAUUCGGCAAGCGAUCGGCUGGUGUUGAGGGGGAGGAGGAGUUCGAGGAGUCGGAAGAA